AUGGCAUCCCCAAGGCCUGCCGUGCCUUCACUAGAGGAGUUUGAGGGUCCUGUGCGGGAAUUACUUCGGGGACGCAAAGACAAGGUAUCCGAGGAGGAGCUGGCGCUUUUGGCGAACACCCCUGGAGAGGUCCUUUCGCGCAUCCAAGACCAAAUCGCAACUAGCAGUGAUAAGGAGGUGGUCUGGCAGUCGCUUCUACGCGAUUGCAAGGCGCAGGCCCCCCUUCCUGAGUCGGGGAUGCCCCAAUCGAGGGAAACGCGGCGGAAAAGCCCCCGAAAUAACCCCGAAGUGGAGUCGGAGGGCGUUCCGAAAGAUGAGAGGUCCCCUUCCGAGGGGCUUAAAGGGGAAGGGGUCGUCGAGGAGGACGUGGCACGCCAUCCACUCGCCUGUGCGGACCAUUCGGAGGAAAGGGAAUGGGACGAUUUCCCUAUUAGUCAGGGCGGCUUCACAAAAAAGGGGGAAAAGAAAAGAAAUGACAUAAUAGAAGACGCCGAGGAGGCGAUCGCGCAGCAGACGGUCGCGCGGACGCUGCACGCAGCGCCGCAAAUGAACCCUGGAUUGUUGACCCGAACCUACACCCCGCGAUGCCCACGGUGCGGGCUGCGGUUCGGCCACCCCCCGCCGCUGUGGGAGUGCCCGAUGUGCCUGCGGGGAGAAGGGCGGCGGGUGUUGGUUUGGCAGCCCGACCACGACGCGACGCGGUGCGGGAUUUGUCAGGCGGGGAUUGGGCGAUGGUCGCGGCAUCACUGCCGAAGCUGCGGGCGGCUGAUCUGCGGCCACUGCUGCCCGGCGCGGGCGUGGAUCAUGGGGUUGGGGUAUGAAUAUCCGGUGAAGGUCUGCACCGAGUGCGCGAACCACGCCCUCUCAACGAGAAAUAGCACUUCUAAAGGAAAUCCAAACAAGAAUGAGGAUUAA